AUGUUAAUAUUAUUACAGCGAGGAUAUUCAGAAAUUGAUGAAAGAGGAUACAUGAGUAUACAUGUCGAAGAUGGAAUUCAACCGGGUGAACAAAUUCGGCUUCUUGUUCGUCGUUUUUCAAGGCCUAAUCCAGACGCCUUCGAUAUAGUACAAAUAGGAUAUUUGCAAAAAGGCGAAAAAUUGAACUUAUCACAUGGCGGUGGUACAUCACUGCCCAAAUAUCCGUUCUGGUUCGAUCGUGACAACUAUUUGAUGUCCUUAAGGAUUAUUCAUUGGAUAUAUGAGAGAAAGAUCGUGGUGACCAGGAAACUUUACAGUUCAAUUGAUUUCAAAGCAGUUGGCAUAUUUCAAGAACCAGAAUAUUUUUAUUAUGGAUAUGAAGGACAUUACACGGAGUUAAUUUAUGUAGUUGGAUAUCCCGAUAAAACUGUUGAUCAUGCUCAUUACUUCUAUGUUCAGGGAGAAAGGAGGUUUAUGCUUAACCAUUUUAACAUUCCACCCGAUUCAUUCGCCGACGAGAGCCCACCUACCUUUAAAGGUGCAGUUGCUAUACAAAAUACUGUUGAAGCAUAUCGAAAUUAUUUGGAUAAAAGUAAUCACAUUGACACGGAUCAGCUAAUCCUGGAGUCAAUGGGCUCACCAAUGCCAUAUCAUGCAACAUUUGGCUUUGGUGGUUUUUUUAUAAGUCAACGAGCACAUUUUGCUGGUUUCUUCACGAAUACAGUCAUUGCUGAAAUUAAAACCCCUUCUAGCACAUACGUAUUUGAAUUGCAUAAAAAUAGUGUGUGUAAAUAUUAG